AUGAGAGGUAUCAAGGGUUUGGUCUGGGAAGGUUCCGUCUUGGACCCAAUCGAGGGUAUCCGUUUCAGAGGCAGAACCAUUCCAGACAUCCAGAAGGAAUUGCCACAUGCUGCUGAUGGUGCUGAGCCAUUGCCAGAAGCUUUGUUCUGGUUGUUGUUGACUGGUGAGGUCCCAACUGAUGCUCAGACCAAGGGUUUGUCUGAGGAGUUGGCCGCCAGAGCUGCUUUGCCAAAGCACGUUGAGGAGUUGAUUGACCGUUGUCCUACCAACUUGCACCCAAUGGCUCAGUUCUCCAUUGCUGUUAACGCUUUGGAGUCCGAGUCUCAGUUCGCCAAGGCUUACGCUAAGGGUGUUCCAAAGUCUGAGUACUGGAAGUACACUUACGAGGACUCUAUCGAGUUGUUGGCUAAGUUGCCAAACAUCGCUGCCAGAAUCUACAGAAACGUUUUCCACGACGGUAAGUUGGCUGGCUCCAUCUCCCAGGACUUGGACUACUCCGCCAACUUGUCCACCUUGCUCGGUUUCGGCCAGAACAAGGAGUUCGUCGAGUUGAUGAGAUUGUACUUGACUAUUCACUCUGACCACGAGGGUGGUAACGUUUCUGCUCACACCACCCAUUUGGUUGGUUCCGCAUUGUCCUCUCCAUUCUUGUCUCUUGCCGCUGGUUUGAACGGUUUGGCUGGUCCUUUGCACGGUAGAGCCAACCAGGAGGUGUUGGAGUGGUUGUUCAAGUUGAAGGAGGACUUGAAGGGUGACCACUCUAAGGAGGCUAUUGAGAAGUACUUGUGGGACACUCUUAACUCCGGUAGAGUUGUUCCAGGUUAUGGUCACGCCGUCUUGAGAAAGACUGACCCUCGUUACACUGCUCAGAGAGAGUUUGCCUUGAAGCACAUGCCAGACUACGACUUGUUCACCUUGGUGUCCAACAUUUACGAGGUUGCCCCAGGUGUCUUGACCAAGCACGGUAAGACCAAGAACCCAUGGCCAAAUGUGGACUCCCACUCUGGUGUCUUGUUGCAGUACUACGGUUUGACUGAGCAGUCCUUCUACACUGUGUUGUUCGGUGUUGCCAGAGCCUUCGGUGUUUUGCCACAGUUGAUCCUUGACCGUGGUCUUGGUAUGUCCAUUGAGAGACCAAAGUCCUUCUCCACUGAGAAGUACAUUGAGUUGGUCAAGUCCAUUGGUAAGAAAUAA